AUGGAUUAUUGGAAGUCAUACAAGACGCUAAGGUUUGCAAGGAAGAUCGACAUGGGAACUCCAGAGGGAAGUUUUGGAGAAUUGCUUUCCUACCUUUACAUGAUAAGACGGGCAAAUCCGGGUACAAUAACGCGUCUUCAAGUUGAUGAGUGUGAUAGAUUCAAGUAUGUCUUUCUUGCAUUUGGUGCGAGUAUUGCUGGGUUUGCUUACAUGCGGAAAGUUAUUGUUGUGGAUGGUACGUUUCUCCACGGUAGUUACAAAGGGACGCUUCUAACAGCCCUAGCUCAGGAUGGAAAUUUCCAAAUUUUCCCAAUAGCUUUCGGUGUUGUUGACACUGAAAAUGAUGAUUCUUGGCGUUGGUUUUUUACGCAACUCAAAGUUGCUAUUCCCGACGACAAGAAUCUUGCGAUCAUCUCGGAUAGACAUAAGUCAAUAGGGAAAGCAAUUGGUGAAGUGUAUCCGUUGGCUUCUCGUGGAAUUGGCACUUAUCAUUUGUAUAAGAACAUAUUGGUGAAGUUCAAAGGGAAACAUUUGUUCCCACUUGUGAAAAAAGUGGCUAGGUGUUUUCGGAUGGUUGAUUUUACAAAGGCAUUCAAUAAGAUUGAAGCGCUUCAUCCUCAACUACAUGGAUAUCUCCAAAGAGGCUGGGUGCAAAUCUGGGCGCGUGUACAUUUCCCGGGUGAAAGGUACAACCUAAUGACUUUAAAUAUUGUGGAAUCUAUGAACACAGCACUAUCAAAUGGUAGAAGUCUUCCCAUAGUUCGACUGUUAGAAUCCAUACGGAAUAUGAUGACUAGAUGGUUUGCUGAACGGAGAGAAGAUGCGAAAUCACAGCUAACAACGCUUUCACGAGGUGUUGAAAAACUGUUAGAGGGCCGUGUAACUGUAUCAAGACUUAUGGAAGUACAACCGAUUAAUGCUUUACGUGUACAAGUACAAUAUGGAACAUCUUUGCAUGUUGUAAAUUUGGAUCCAAAAAGAUGCACAUGCCAUCGUCUCGACCACGGAAAAAUACCUUGCUUCCAUGCAAUCGCAGCUGCAGAGCAUAUGGGUGUGUCUCGUAUUUCCCUUGCCUAUCCUACCUACCAGACCAGUUAUUUGAUUAACGCGUAUGCUGAUUCAAUCAUGUCUCCGGAUGCUGCACUCCCUGUUCCUGGAAUUGUAACUAACCAACCGUGCGUGCCUCCGAUCAUUGGAAACCAGCCAGGAAGGCCGAAGAAAAUCUGGAUUAAAUCAGCUGUGGAAAUUGACUUAAGAAUAAACGCCCUAGGAAGCCACACGCAUGUUCUCGAUGUAAAGCAGUUUGGCAUAUUGCAAAAACUUGUCGGAAGUAGUAUUGUUGGCAUGGAUUUUCUCGUUUUGAUUAUGUGUAGACAAUGUUUGUUUUAUGUAAUCCAUAACUCAGUCGUAACAUCGAUUUAA